AUGCAGCAGGCUCUGGCUAUCCUUGCUCUGUAUCUAUCAGCCCUGGCCGUUGGCCAAGGCAUCCCUAUGAAUAAUUUCAUACCUCCUCCUCGUCCUCCUCAUCCCCCACCAGUGGAACUCAUAGCAACGAAUUUACACAAGAACUGUAAAGACUUUGAGAUUUCCUCCGCGCGCCGUGAUGGAUCAGUGAGGCGGCCAGGCUCACCAGGCUCACCAGACUCAACCGCAUCAUACUCAGGGUCAGAAGCCCGGCGUAUGCGUCGCGCAGAUGAUGUAGAUGGCGACGUUCUCAUCGCAAACUGCAAGAAUCCUCAAGGCAUAGUGCACGAGGUCACUCUGAGCCUCAACCGAUGUUUUGGCUGGGAUCCCGAGAACAUAGGUCUUACUGCGCAGUUGAAAGAGGCGGAUGCGUCAAUUGUAGAUAUGCGCGAGGGCCACAGCCAUCCGAUCCUGGUACACUAUUCUGUACCUGCAAGACAAACCCACGACUACAACAACCAAACCAUAACAUUAGGUGGCGUCAUCCAAUAUAACGCUAGGUCUGGGCUUAUCAGCUGCCAUGGUGUGGAAGGGACCGAUUUGGGACCAGUGCCUCCUCCCCCACGCGGAGAUGAAGCUGUUUAG